CCAACGAUAAUACACUGCGCUUCAAGGAGCUAUCUUAGUCUGUUCUUCUUACAACAAAGAGUUGCACGGACGUAAAGACAGCAUCAAUUCGCAAGCUCUACUCAUUUCGGUCGGCCACUUCCUUCCAUGCCAUGCGGCUAUACAUCGAUCGCCGCACAGUUUUGCCCUGUGCGUAUCUGAGCGUUAUGGCUAUUGAGACGCAGGCUCCUGGCGCUUUGCAAGGCAGGGACAAGAUACCAGGAACUUCUGGGUGCACGUAAACUUUCCCUACAAGUAGCCUCCAACUGCUUUGCUUGUGCUGCUUUCGUACUCACGGUUCCUCUUCCAUUCCGAAACAAACUUCUUGUUGCCAGCCUCUACAGUGCCAUCAUUUGAAGCAUUGUUACUACCUUUGCACGCUCUUGCUCGAUACCUCUUUGAGAAUGCCGGCGCUUGAAACCUACAAAGGCGCCUACCUUUGGAAAUACGUACCCAACUUUGCAGCAGCCAUUACGUUUGGGAUUCUUUUCCUCGUCUUGACUCUGGCGCAUACAUAUAAGGCGUACAAACAUCGAACAUGGUACGCCAUACCAUUCAUCACUGGUGGCCUCUCUGAGCCCAUGGGUUAUGCAUGUCGUGCAAUAGCAACCUAUCAUACAGGCGCUCUGGUCCCCUUCCUUCUACAAGCGAUCUUCCUCCUCCUUCCACCAUGUCUGUUUGCAGGCACACUGUACAUGGUUUAUUCGCGCGUAGUGCGAGCCACGCAUGGCGAACGCUUCUCCUAUGUGUCACCUCGAUGGUGCACUCGAAUCUUCAUCGCAGGCGACCUCCUUUGUCUCAACAUACAAUCAACUGGAGCGGGGUUCCUUCCCAAGCCUAAAUUGGUAACCGCUGGAAACGGUGUUAUCGUCACAGGCUUAGGAUUACAAGUUCUCAUCUUUGCUGGAUUCAUGUGGUGCUGCGUUCUUUUCCACCACAAGUUCUCACUCCACCUCCGCAAUACUGGUCAAACUGUCGAUGUACCUUGGGAAAGUGUGCUCUGGAUGCUAUACGGGACUUCUGUUCUCAUCUCAAUACGCAACAUCUUCCGCCUAGUCGAAUUCAUCGCUGGACACGACGGCUACCUAAACUCGAACGAGUGGCCAGUAUACGUAUUCGAUGGCGUCUUGAUGCUCCUCGUUAUGAUCAGCUUUUACAUUUGGUACCCGCCACAGCUACAGAUUGAGGAGAUUGGUACAGAGAGUAUGAUUGGGCUCACGAGCGAAGAUAAUAGUGUGCCACAAAACGAGCCGUCCAGGAAGUAGCUUGGAUGAUGCGUUACCAACACUCGA